GUUGUAAUAAAGACAUUUGGAUUUGCCCUGUGCCUAUAGCCUGACUCGGACUUGUUCCAGAUCCCGAUCUUUCUUCUCUGUGCAAUCAAUUUUCUACGUAGCAGGCGGGCUCUUGUACAUGAGAUCGUCUAGUACUUGCACAUCGGUCAUCAUCAUGAAAACAUUGUUUGUCCAUCUCGAGGUUGAAGGCUGAAGGAGAAUUAUCUCGAUCACAACGGUAUCCGUGCCAGUGCCUACGGCAGCCCCCUAUUCACAAGUUAUGGAAACGGAAAGCAGAUUGGCUUCAGGAAAUUAAGUAUAAAAGAGUUUUACGUCGCACCUCGCUGUUGCUGACCAAGCGUCUGUAUGUAGAGUCGUAGUUUUUUUUCUUUUUGGCUUUUUUCAAGCAAUGCUUGUACUCUAAGCACCUGCACCGCCUUUUUGUUUUUGUUCUUGCCCCCUGUACUAGCCAGAAAGCAAUACCUCUUGAAAAAACUCUUCAUUCUUCACCAGCGCAACUAGUUCUUCAUACCGUUACCGUCUGCUUACCUGGAAUCCAAUACUCGAUUAUCUUUUGCACCCUCUCGUCCAGAUCUCGAAGAUGUCCGCUCCCGAACAGGAAAUCCAAAAAGUCCGCCAAGCAGCCGAAGACUACGCUUUCGGCUGGUACUUGAAACAACCAGAGAGGAUCGGCAACGCCCUGCACGACAAGCUGGUGAAGCGAACUCUUGAGCAGCCGAACGACCAACUGAAGGAGAUCACUAAGCAGGAUUUGGUUCGGUUAACCGAAGAAAAAGAGGGAAUCGACGCGGAGGAUAUGCAGCAGUGCGACAUUUAUCAAAUGCAAAAAUGUCUGGGUUUGGAAGAUUUCUAGAUUUGUCAUGCAUAUUUUCCAUGAGCCAUGACGUCUGUGAUGCAUGCCGUAGCAUCACAGAUUUUUAGAGGGCUUUGUGAUACGUCUACCGCAUGAGAAAUGCCCUCUCCCCGUAGGAGAAACUGGAGUCCUCUUGCUGGUCAUGCAAUACAAUUUUUUUUUUAGAAUCCAAAUACAGCAUCACAAAUUUAGAAUCUUCCAGACCCAGACAUUUUUGCAUUGGAUAACAUUAAGGUGGAUUUCGUUGGCGGGCCGGGAAACGGUUGCGCGAUGUUGGAAUUGGAAAUGAAGCAUUGGUUUGACUUCAUGCAGCUGGUGAAAAUGGAAAACGGAGAGUGGAAAAUUGUGAACGUGCUGUGGAUAUCAAAUGCAAAAAUGUCUAGGUCUGGAAGGAUCCGAGCUUGUGAUGCGAGUUGCGGAUCGUACGUAGAAAGAUCUGUGUUGCAUGACUGGCAAAAGGUGCUCCCUUCUGGCCAUGCUGACAGGGUAAUACUAAAUAGGCAUCACCAUCACGAAGGGGCUGCAGAACCUGUGAUGCUAGGCCACGCAUUCCAGACUUCCGGGAGCUUGGAAAAACUGCAUGACAAAUCCCGGAAUCUUCCAGACCCAGACAUUUUUGCAAUGCAUAGUGGAAGGCGAAGUAAGGAGGGCCGGAAGUAGAUCGUUUGGCCUUGUUUUAGCCGAGAUGAUGAUAUAUUUUCGCAGAGAGAUGGAAAUAGUAAAUAUAUAAAGUCAAGUCCAUCAUCAAACCACUUUGAUUUUUUUUUUGAUUUUUACCGUGCCAUUUUUCGUAACAGCUGGAAAACGAAACGCGAAAGCCGUGUGCAGCACGUAGAACCAAAACCAGCUUGAGAUUGAAAACGAAGGACGAGUUUUCACAUACAGCCCAAGUCAUUCCGUGGGCGAGUUUGAAGAAUCUCGAUCUCGAACAUGAGAAGGACAUGAUGAGAUCGCGGUAUAAUUCAAAGCAGUGCGUGGCGCUUGUGCAUACGCUCAGGCCACCGCUUCGUCGUGGUUGUACUUGAAUCUGUUCUUCCUUCUACAAAAAUGUUGUCGCCGCGACAGCUAUUUGCAUCUCGACCGGGACCGGGUGUUCCUCUAACCUUCGUGCGGGUUUAUGUCCGUUCGUUGUGAAGCGUGUCGUCUUCACCGUAUAGAGCCA